CUGUUGAUUCACCGUACUCGUCAGUAACAAUCGCGUCCGUUGGAGAAACGCAUCAGGGAGAUACGCGCUGGUAGAGCAGGCUGACAAUUCCGGAGAGUUAAACGAAUAUUCGACGGUCAACUAGAGAAGCUGACUCGGUGUGCAUAUUAAUAUUCUGCAGCUGAGAAGAAACGACAGCUUUGGUCCUCGACGGGUGUUCAUACAGUCAGAGACUUCGAAGCGCGCCUCAUCAUCAAGACAGGACAGUGAAAGAAGUAGAAGAAGACUCAGUAGAAGAAUUCACUGAAGUUGAGAGUGCACAUGCUGAACAAACGAGGACCAGUGCAUGCAAAGAUACGCUCUACGUCGCAAUGAGACCGACGACUAAGACUCUUAGCCUUGGUGUUAUUGGCUUGUUGCUGGUGGCACUUGGCAUAUCCCUUUGCUUUUUGUCGCCGACGAUUUUCCGCCAAAUUCUUCAAAAAGGCUUGGCACUGUCGCCGACUUCGAAGAGCUUCGAUGUGUGGAAGGACACGAGCAGUCUGCCACCGAUGUUCAUGCAGGUAUAUUUUUUUAACUGGACCAAUCCAGAGGAAUUGGAAGUACCCGGUAAAAAGCCACGCUUCGUCCAGGUUGGCCCUUACUGCUUUAGGGAGAUAAGGCAAAAGGACAACAUCAAAUUUAAUCAUGAGAACAAAACUGUCAGCUAUCUGCAGCGGCGAUUAUGGUACUUCGAGGCGGAGCUCAGCAAUGGGAGUCUCAACGAUGUCAUCACCUGUCCGGAUCCCGUUGCUAGCUCAGCGGCGUACAAGAUCCGAGACUGGGAAUUGGAAUGGCAGGCGACUCUAUCCCUCGUCCUGGGUUCCUCGGACAGAUCGAUCCACAUCCAUAAAACAGUGGACGAGCUGACGUUCACCGGCUACAGCGACAGUUUGUUCACCAUGGGCAAGAUGAUGGCAUCCGACGACGUGCCGCCUUACGAUCGCUUCGCCUGGUUCUACAUGCGAAAUGGUACCACCGACUUGGAUGGGCACUUUAAUAUGGAAACAGGCGAGGACGAUAUCAGCCAAUUGGGAAUCCUAAGGAAGUGGAAUUAUAACGACGCGAUCAAAUUCUACAAAAGUCCAUGUAACAUCGUCGAAGGCAGCGCGGGCGAAUUUUGGCCGCCCGACAGGACGAAGGAUGAUAUUACUCUUUUCAGCACAGAAUUGUGUCGACCGAUAGUCUACGAAUACGAGAAAACGGUUUCUUAUCUGGGUGUCGAGGGUUAUCGAUACAUCAUGGACAAGAAGACCCUCGGCAACGCUACCAAGCGACGUUACCCUCACGAGCAAGCGAAAUUUUUCGAAAAGACUACCACCACUGAGGACUUUUUCGCGGCGGAGCACUCGGUCGAAGCUGUGGGAUUCACCACAACCACCCAAAGUUCCUUCAACUCUAUGCCAGAAAAUGAGUCGUCCGAGAACACGGACGAGUAUCGCGACGGCGACCCGGACGUCGUCAACAUGGGCAAUUGUUACUGCAACGGAGAGUGCGUGCCGUCUGGUCUGUUAAAUGUGAGCACGUGUCGCUUCGGCGCGCCAGUCUUCGUCAGUUUACCUCACUUCCACAGAUCCGAUCCCAGCAUCCUCGAUCAGAUCGAAGGACUGAAUCCCAACGAUGGCGACUACGACUUUGCGAUCACACUGGAACCCACGACGGGGAUCCCCUUACAAGUAACAGCCCAAUUGCAAGUCAAUAUUCUUUUGCAGCCAUCAAAAUAUGUAUCGCUCUACAAGAACGUGCCGAAAAUCUACAUGCCGAUGCUGUGGCUUAACUUGAAAGUCGGAGUAUCGGAGGAGAUGGCGGCUAAACUGAAACAAUUGCUGGCACUUCCCACCGUGAUGCUGUGCGGCGGUAUCACUAUCGCGAUCGUUGGAUUGUGUUUAAUCGGCGCCGUGGUACUCUUAUACAUCUGGAGGAAACAGCCUAUACUUCCCAAGAUAUCAGCAGAACAAAAGCAGCUUAACGAUCCGCCCGAGAAGAAAACGGAAAUGGUGUACAUGGAUAAAAUAAGUAGCAACGAGGACGGCAAUGCCAGGAGCGACCGUCGCUUGUACGCGAAACCCUAGAAAAACUAGACAAGUGAUUUUUGCCCCAAAGAGAAUCUGGUUUCCGGAACAAACGCGUAAAUGGCGCCAGAAAAAUCGCAGAUCAAUUUAGCAUAGAUCGAAGAGAGAGGUCGAAAGAUUGAAAAUCCUGGCCUUUCGGUCUCGAUCCAGUUGUAUUGAUCAUUGAAUUGUGAAUCGUUGAUAGGGAUGUAUGUUGAGAGCUGUGCCAACGAAAUGUUUUACUCGUGUACGGGCGUAGACGAUUUUUAGUAGUUCGAAUUGUUGUAUACGUGUGUGUCGUCGUACGAUUCGCGCGAGUACUUUUUCGCGUACACGUACAAGAUUUUGUCGAUUACACGUUUACUUGCGCUUCGCGGACGGUGGACUCACCGUGAUUGUUAGGUAGUAUCGUUUAUCGUUAUAGAUUGAAUAAUGUCGUUUUCGAUAUCGGCUUGGUACGCUAAGACUGAUGAAAUCGAUAAUUGCGACAAACUUUUAAUUACUUUGCUUUUCCGAUCCGACCGACUGUUUUUACACGCUUAUGCUUAUGAAUAAAACCUCGAUCGAAUUAAUGAAGCGGAGGCAGAUAAAUCUCAUUUUGGAUAUGUUUCGUUGUAGAGAUUUAACUUUAAUAUUAAUUCAAUAGUGAAAUAUCGAAAUAUUAUCAUAGGCGAGCUAAUGGCCGCGCGAUUAGCACCAAAACGAAGAUAAUUUUAGACACGAUAAUUGAGUACGCAGUAGAGAGCCGAAUACUGACAAAAGUAUAUCCAGCGAAAAGAGUACAAAGAGCUUUGUAAUGACAGAUAUGUGACAGAUACACUGCACGAAACCGAAUUUAUUCCUCUCUAACAUUCAGAUUAAACAUAAUUGUUAUCUAUAGUGACUCGUUUAGAUACAUAAUUGCGUUGAGAUGCGCGAUAUUACAACGAAUUCCGUCAAGAUAUUUAAGUAUACAUAUAUAUAUACAUAUAUAUAUACACGUAUGUACGAAAUGCGUAAUAUACAUACCGUAAACUGUGCUGCUGCAGAAUACGCGUAAUACGCUAUUAUUACGGAAUAAUGUAACACGCUAUUCUGAUGUGGCAGAGUGUUUGUGUGGCGUGCCUUGCUAUUGUAGUAAUUAACGCAAAAGUUCCUUGGCCGAUCCGAGCAUAUCGUAAUCUCGCGGAGAUAACGUGUGAUUUCCUCCGCGAUAAUCUCGCGUCUCGCUUAUGUAACCAAGCGAAAUCUACAUCUUGGGCGUGAUAACAACGUUGACACGUUAUCAUUUUUCGUGCGCGACAUGAACCGGAGUUAAGUUACCGUGCCAAUACCUUUGCGUUACCAUGCCUCAUUGUGAGAUAAGUCGCAUAAGACACAGCUUGUGAUAUACUUCGGGAUUACUUUCUUCGUAUUUGUACAAAAUCAGCCAUUCGUAAGUGCCAAUAAAAUAUUUAGAUUAAUUCUAUAUAUCGUUAAGCGUUAUCUUACGCAAGUGCAAUGGCGUGUAAAAGUAUAUUGUAUGUUUUCUUUUUUUUAUCUUUUAUUCGAGAUACAGAUGAUAUAUAAGGUAUAUUGCAAAACAUUGAGCGAUCUUGUAUUAUAUUUUAAUAUUUUAAUAAAAGCUUAUUGUUUUUACAAGAUUA